AUGGGCAUCAGUGCAAACCACCGCCACAACAUGAAGAGGUUUCACAGUUUCUCGGAGAAGAGUUUUCGGAAAGAAACUAUUUUCCAAAUAAUGUACAUCGUCUACCCUGCCCUGGCCCUGGUCGGUGUGCUCGGUAAUUUACUGACGAUCGUGAUCCUUUCCCGAGAAAACUGUGGUCUGUCCAAACGCAUCACCCGCUAUCUCAUUGCCAUGGCAGCAGCAGACCUGCUGGUGGUCAUCUUCGACGUGAUAUUGACGCGGAUGAAUUUCCUGUACUAUCCCAUCUGCUUCCUGGACCUGACGCCCGUGUGCUCACUGGUCGGCACUAUGUUGUGUGCGGCUGCCGACAGCUCGGUCUGGCUGACCGUCGCCUUCACCUUCGAUCGCUUCCACGCCAUCUGCUACCAAGUGUCGAGCGGCUCAGACUUCCCCGAGAGGAUGGCCGCCGUGGUGAUCGGGGGGGUCUGGGUGCUAAGCUGCGCCACCAACGGGCCCUGGUUCCUGUCCUAUGAGCCAUGGUUCGUGAUCGGAACCGUGUCUUGGUUCUGCAAGGUCAAGGACAGCGUCUACGGUUCCCGCCCGUGGGCGGUGUUUCACUGGUUGGACAUCACGCUGACCCCAUUUAUUCCUUUCUGUCUGAUUUUAACCCUCAACGUGCUGACCGUCAGGCACAUUUUAGUUGCCAAUAAAAUCCGCAGGAACCUGCUGGGCCCUGGCCGUGGCGAGCGGAAGAUUUCCGACGCGGAAACAGAGAACCGUAGAAAAUGCGUAGUUUUACUCUUUGCCAUUUCCGGCAGCUUCAUGUUGCUGUGGAGCGCGUACGUUGUGUUUGUGAUCUACGGACAAGUAGUCAAUUAUUACUACACAGGUUACAACCACCCAAUCUACAUCCUGUACCACGCGGCCAUCAUGCUCCAGCUUUCAAACAGCGCCACAAACACGUGCGUUUACGCGGUGACCCAGACGAAAUUCAGAGAGGAGGUGAAGAAGGCAGUGAAAUAUCCUUUUGUUUUAAUGUUAACCGUGUUUGAACCGUGA